AGUGGCGUCACGGGCGCGAUGGCGGCGGGCGGCGGCCCCGCGGCGCGGGAGCUGUUCGCCGAGGGGCUGCUGCAGUUCCUGCGGCCGGCCGUGAGGCAGCUGGACGGGCACGUCCACGCCGUCAGGGAGAGCCAGGUCGAGCUGCGGGAGCACAUCGACAGCCUGGCCACAGAGCUGUGUCGCAUCAAUGAGGACCAGAAAGUCGCCCUGGACCUCGACCCCUACGUGAAGAAGCUGCUGAACGCCCGGCGCAGGGUGGUGCUGGUCAACAACAUCCUGCAGAACGCCCAGGAACGGCUGCGGAGGCUGAACCACAGCGUGGCCAAGGAGACGAUGCGGAGGAAGGCCAUGCUGGAGGCGGCUGGGGGCUACCCACAGGGGCUGCCGGGCAAGUGAGACCCCCUCAGGCUGUGCCAACGAGUCCCAGGAGCUGGGGGCAGAGCAGGAGUGGCCCUGGCUGGUGCCAUCCCCAAGGACAGCGAGGGGAACAGCUUUGUUUGUAGCAGCACCCUCCUGCGUGGCUGCGGCAGGGGAAGAGGGGGGAGAAGUCCCACACAGCUCUGCAGCUGAGUAGCUGAUAUAUGUAACACAUAAAUGCACUUCUAGGGGGGCUGAACUGUAUUUCCAGCUUUGUAAUAAAAGUCAGCCUGUGUUGCUGGU